AUGUCAGGGAAAAUCCUAAUCUGCGUUGGCCUUAGGUGCAACUGGAAUUUGUUACGUUCAUUAGGUGAAAUAAAGAAUUACAACACAAUAAUUAACAAAACUUAUGAUAUUUUAUUAUCUCAAAAACAUGCAAAUCAUAGAAAGUUACCAUAUACCGGUGUCGCUCAAUUUCUAGGAGAAUUUGAAGAUGCGUCCGAAACGCCUGCUCCAGUACGCAUCGAAACUCGUGAAGAACGUAAGGAAAGGAAGCGUCGAGAGAAACAAGAGCAAGCUAAUUACAAACUUGAACAAGAUCUUGCAUUAUGGAAUCCUAAAAAGAAUCCGAAGGCUACCUCUAAUCCUUAUAAUACUAUGUUCGUAGCUAGACUUAACUAUGACACUACAGAAUCCAAACUAAAACGGGAACUUGAUAUCUUCGGGAGAAUCAACAAUAUUGUAAUGGUAAAGAAUGUCAUAACGGGAAAGCCUCGUGGAUAUUGUUUUGUGGAGUUCGAACAUGAACGUGAUAUGCAUGCCGCUGUCAAAGCUCUAAAUGGCAGAAAGAUCGAUGGUGUCCGCGUCGUGACAGACGUUGAACGAGGGAGAACUCGUCCUGACUGGAGACCUAGGCGUUUGGGUAAGGGUUUAGGAAAGAAUCGUCAGGGACCAAGCGACAAGUCUCAUCGCAAACAUGAAAAUGGACGCGAUUCCAGUCGUGAUCGCAGCUUCGGUCGACCUAUCUCAAGUGCACAUGUUCGUGAUCGUGACAAAGAGUACAAACGCAGACGUAGUCGGUCUCGAAGUAAAUCAAAAGAACGUGAUCGACGUGGCCGUAGCCGGAGUCGAGAUCGACACCGCAAACGCCGGAGUCCAGAUGAACGAGAUCGUGACCAUAAGCGCCGCGACCGCCGCCGAGAUGAUAUGAUUCAGCAGUAUGGAGAGUAUGGCGCUGAGAUUAGGGCAGAAUACAAUGGAGACGCAUAA